AUGGCGACCCUUCGCAAGGACAGUCGCUUGUUCAAAUUCCAAAUGGCGAAUUCCAAAUGCUCGUCAAAGGUUCUUUUGUUACAAUGUAGCUUUGUCAAUUUUAUCUGUAGCUAUGAAUUUGCUGAUGCGACGCUUGUGAAAACCGCGAACGAGCAAUAUUCAUAUUCCAUCGUUAUCAGAAGAUUAUUCGACGAGGAUGAGGAGGAAUUGCUGAGUGCUGCUCAAAAAUCAGGCAUUAAUGCAAAAUCCCAAUUUGUAGAUCCAUUGACUUUUGAGUUCAAUUUUCCCAUUUGCAUGAGCAUGAAUUUUGCUCGCCAUACACAGGGUGUGCCUUGUGAUAGAGAAGCCUUUAAAUGGACCGACUCUUCAUCUUGUGAGAACCGAAAAAGCUAUGCCUUGGCAUCUGAAAAGGAAAUCGAAUCAAUAAUGAUGCCCAAAGCUUUGAUUGCAACUAAAGAGGGGGUGCUUAUUUUCGAGACACAUUCGGCAUCCAAUGUUUAUCUUUACUCGUUUGACAUUUCCUCUGGCCUAUUUAUAUCUGCAACCGGAAAUAAGGAAGAUUUACCCCCAUAUCACCUACGAAUCCACGGCAAGGACAAUGCAGAGAUGCUUUAUUAUUCACAGAAUAUCAUGCCCUCUGAUAUUGUGCAUGUGGAGAGAGACAAAUCCUUCUUGAUUGGCCAAGCAGUUCCAAUGGACAUCGACUAUGACACCUCUGAAACCGAAUCAGCGUCUUCUGAUGACGAAGAGGAAAGUGAUGAUGAAGGGGAGUUGGCCAUCAGCUCUAUCUCCGAAAAAUUCACGCCCGACA